AUGGAGAAGUCCCAGGUGGUGCUGAUGGUGCUUGUACUACCGUCCAUUUCCCACCACUCCGCCCCACCGCUCCGCGAAUUCGACUCAAAGACGUUGGCAUUAGAAUCCAGAGAAGUGAUGCAAAGCACCGACAUGGUGAAGGACAUGGAAGGCCAACGUUCGAAGGAAAGAGUCAACAAGACCUUCCACAUGCUUCCACAUGCUUCCACAGGAGACCGACGAGCCCAAUGCACAUCCGUCCCGCAGUCAGUACGUGCCCGGAUCAGCGUGUGCCAGGACUGCCUGAUCCGAGGCUUACAAGCCCACAUUCGCUUCCUUCAAGACUGCCUCUUGGAGCCUGACAGCCGCGUACAGCAGGUGGAGGAGCAGCUGGAGACCGAGCGCCGGCGCAGCUGGGAAUUGGAGAAGUCGUUGGAGAGAAAGGCACUCAUUUGUGAGGAUUUGGUGGCACGGCAGCAGCUGGAAACGAAGUUGGCCGCACCGAUCGAGGAGAAAGGCCCAAGACGGUCGAGCACGUGGGACGACAGCACGACGGAAGGCACGAGCACCGCCAGGUCCAAUUGCACUGAAGAGGACGAGGAGGUCAUUGAGGCCUUCAUCUCUCAGCUGGCUCCGACCCGACCGCCGCUUCCGGCGUCGUCUGGGCCGCCGUCUCGGCCGCGGGAGACGUCGUUGGCUCGGCGUGCGCGGCGGCAGCAAGAGCGGUGCAGGACCUUGAGCCAGGACGUCUGCGCCCUUGCCGCGCUGCACCAAGCGGCGUGGUCUCGGCCGGAGGCGGCUCGAUCGCCUGGAGCAGCGGGUGGCCGAGUCUUGUUGGCCAAGGUAUGGCCGAUCCCGCCACACAUCACGAAGAAGCGCAUUUCCUACGUCAUGCCGCAUGUGCGCCCCAUGGGCCGGUCAAAGAUGCUGCCCAAACAGCCCAGUGUGGCGGCGGCCGUCACGCCCAGCGCGGGCGAUGUGGCCGGACUCUUUCUCUUCAUGAACUUGAUAGGUGUUGACUUGAUCCGCUGCGCAUCCUUUGGAUGCAAGCCUCCCACUGACCAAACUGACUGGCCCGAGGAGAUGUGGCUCGAUGCCACGAUCAGCGAGGUCCUGGAAGACGGAUCCUUCCGGAUUGCCGGGGGCCGAAGUGGAUCGGAUCGACAGAAGUGGAUCGGUAGUGAAAGGGUCUGGGCCAUGGAUGAUUCGGAGAGCGAAGUGCCUGCGGACUAUGCUGUGGGCCCUGGGUCCGGUGGCCUGGAGACCACCUCGACGAAGGCGUGGACCGAUCGCCGCGGACGAUGGCCGUCGCUGGUUCUUCUUUGCCCGGAAGGGGUACCGAUGGCCUCAUCCACCUGCGAUCCGUACCUGGGCGGGGAUCUAGAGAUGAUGAUCCAUGGAUCUAGCGAGGGUAUUUGGUCUUUGAAGCAUUUCGACAAGCAUCGCUUUGAUAACUACACGGACUGGCUGGAUCGUGAGACCAGGAAGAAGAACCGCGCACAUGGGAGGAAUCGCAUCAACAACCCAUGGCACGGAGAACACCACGCGUCGCCCGAGGAGUGGUUCCGACUGGAGUCCGAUGCGGACCUGCCGGCGGAGAACAGGGCGGCCUUGAUCGGCAGCUCCACGGCGCAAUGCUUGCGCGAGCAAGUGAUGUACGAGUUGGCCUCCAAGAACAACCUCCGCGAGCUUCGGGAACUCCAACAGACUUUGCGAAGCUCGAGCAAAACGCCCUCAGCGCCCUGCGAGGGCGUGGUCGAGCUGCUGGUGGACUAUGGAGUUCGAGGAGGCUCUGCCCGCGAGUAUGCAGCGCUCUGUGGCCAGGGCGGCAUGUUGGAGUGGAGCCUCUGGAUGGACGGGGCCCUCCGACUGCGGGAACAGUACUCCUUGCAAUUUCUGCAAGACUUGUUCCUUGAAUUAGACUAUGAUGAAGAAGGCCAGCUCACCAAAGCGCAGGUCGACAGCCUCUUGAAGAGUGGGGCAGUCGAGUGUGAGAGUGACGAAGCAGAUGAGAUCUUGCAGUCCAUCGAUUUCGAUGAGGAUGGCUACAUCCCAGUAGGAACGAUGAGAGAGCUCCUGCUGAAGGAUGGCCGUGUCGCACGGAGGACGGAGGUUUUCGACCGGAAGAUCUGUGCCUGCGGCAGGAGAGAUGCCAUGGGCAAAACACGACCCGGUCGGUGUUAUGUGGGUGUGCUUUUAAAGAGGGGGACUCCCAACCAAUGGUUUUUUGGCCUUUGUAGUUUCACCCACAACUGUGACUAUGCGGUGGUUGCUGUCAGCUAAGCGUAAGGCAAACCCAACCAAUGCGUUGUGGUCUAAUACUAGUUGGACUCCGUGCAAAAGCAAACAUCAGUUAUUCAACGACCAAACAGAUCUCCCU